GUGACGAAUGCACGCACGCAGCCCCGCCCAGUUGACGCCGGGAGCCGCGAGCAAAGGAGGCGGUUGGAAAAAUGGACGAAUAUCAAACAGGGGAGGAGACUAUAUUUAUUGUUGAUGAAAUAAGUGGUAUUAUUAAAGAGUCAAUAGAGACUGCAAUCGGUGGAAAUGCAUAUCAACCAAACAGAGUUAACCAGUGGACAACUAAUGUGGUCGAACUUUGUCUAAGCCAGCUCACCAAACUGGGCAAACCCUUCAAGUAUAUUGUGACCUCUGUGAUCAUGCAGAAGAAUGGAGCUGGUCUACACACAGCUAGUUCCUGUUACUGGGACAACAAUGCUGAUGGAAGCUGCACCGUGAGAUGGGAGAAUAAGACCAUGUAUUGUAUUGUCAGUGUCUUUGGGCUGGGCAUCUGAAAUCUUGACUACUACCAGAUACCAUAUUCAACCUCCAUUCAAAGACCAUGACUGUGAAGCACGAUAUGGUGUAUUGUGUGCAACUACAGUACACCUUUUGACCAGUGCAACAUCGCCACUUCAGUAUUACUUUGAUGCUAACAAUUUUAAUGUUUUCGUGCCAUUCUUUAAUUCUAUGUUGCAUAAAAAGAAACAAGUAACAUUGUUUUCAUUUAAUGUUAUAUUAUUUUAAAAUAAAUAUGGAAUGUUUAACUUAAA